UAGGAAAGUGUCACGCCCUUGUCCAGUGUGAGUCCUCCUCCAGAAGCGAGGACAAGUGUAACCAGUGUGAACGUGAGGAAAGAACGUCUCUACCUUCCCUGUGAGUGCCGCUUGGCUGGCACCGGUAGCCUCAAGUGCCGUAAUUCAUCGUGAAGUGUAAAUAGAAAGUGUUUCUGGCGCCGCAGCCCUUCGGAUAACCGCGUCGCCAGUGUGAGUGUGAGCAGUGCCGAGAGUGGAAGGUGCCUCGAGAAGGAAGUUGUGUUCCAGUGCCAAGUGAGUUGAGUCGUGUUAUCAGUGUGCUGUGAUAUAAAGUGUGAUAAAAUGCCAGGUUACCACGGAACGAAAGUGUCUUUCCACCCGGAGUACCACAUGCUGCAUCCCCGCGCGAAGGAGAUGCUGGCCCGCCAGCAUGGCCACCCCAACCCCACCGGCCACCCCAUGUUCGACGCCCUCAAGUCGAAGCACGCCCAGGAGAAGGCUGAGUACAUGCGCAUGCUGAAGGGCGCUCGGCGGAUGGGUGGCGACGCUGCCUACCCGACCUUCGACAGCCUGAAGCUGCUGGGCGCCGAGAACGACGCCAACUACCUGGACCGCUUCAUGAGCGAGGGCGAGCGCCGCCCCCGCAGCGGCUCCCACGGCCAGAAAUACGGCGGCAAGCGCAACAGCGUCAACGUGGACAACAUCAAAAAGACCCUGAUCGGGAGCCUGCGCUCGGUGGCCAGCGACGAGAACAUCUACGAGACUCUGGAGGUGAUCAACUACAGGAAGACGGUGGAGGCCAUCAGCCGGAACAACAAGGUGCGCUCCGUGCCCAAGACGGGCCACCCGCUGUUCGACCACCUCCGCGUCGAGAACGUGCUCAAGCCCCGCCGGCCGCAGCACCACCACCGCCACAGCGACGGCAGCAACUCGCCCAGCUCCGGCUCCGGCGACGACGAGUUCGAGUACGUGAAGAAGCCCAACUGCCGCUUCUCGCGGCGGGAGGUGCUGCUGGGGUCGACUACCCCAACAAGCACAUCCGACACGUGAUCGAGGAAGGUUCCGAGUCGGACGACGACUGGGCCAUCCCGAGGCCCAAGAUCUGCGAGGGCGCGCGCUCGCGACGCACCGGAGCCGGCCUCAUGACCCAGCUCUCGCAUGAGGAGUCCGACAGCUCAAGUAAGUCGACGGGCCUCCGGUGACGGCCAGGGCCAUCUCCCUUCGCACCGCCCACGCUGUAACGCCCUCAUACUUGAGAGCCUGCACUGCACGCCUUGCCUGGUGUCAGCACGCCUGACUGAUGGCCGCGGGUCCUGCUUGAUCCUGUACUGCACCCAGCACGUGUGGCCCACUCGUUGGUCCACACUAGUCCUUUCUGUCUGUGGUGCGGCCCGCGGACCUCCCGGCCCAUCUCUCAGAGGGCCUCGGAUGGUGCCGCGCGGGCCACACCGGGCCGGGCUCUCUAGCCUUCACGUGCCUCCGGGUCACCUGUGAGGGCCAGCUGGCCAGCUAGUGUGUCAUGUGGGCUGGGACUUUUAUCAGCGGGCCAGCUGGCCCCGCGGACCGGGGAGGCACCGUGGGCCGUGUGAGUGUGCACGGAGCACUGCCUGCGCCAGUGUUGUAGUAUACUUUGUGUGCACCACUCACGCUGCACGACACACACACGAAAAGACACCCCACACCCACCCUGUACAUCCCAUGUACAUAGUUGUACAGCUACUCCUUCCAUGCAUUAAUG